AUGGUUCCCUCGAGCUCUUCAGGCCCGUCGUGCCAUGAUCUCGACAAUUCCAUGCAUGCCUGGGCGGGUUCAUGUCGCGGCGGCUUCGACUUUACCUUGUUGUUUGAAGAGACAAUUCUUACCAUCCUACCUAUUUCACUAAUCUUAAUUCUUGUACCAUGGCGCCUUUGGCAGUUAAUGCAGCAAAACCACAAAGUCAAUAGCUCGGUCCUUCUACCAUUGAAGCUGGCUGUUUGGGUAUUUUACUUCGGCCUUCAGGUUGGCCAAACCGCCUUGUGGGCACUGCCCGCUGCGGAUACGACGAAAGCUUCUGUUGGGACGAAUGCUCUGUUGACAUUUGGGACUCUCCUCCUGAUCGCCCUCUCCUAUGCGGAACAUACGCGAUCCGUUCGGCCGUCCUUCAUCCUGAACGCCUACCUCCUGUGCAGUCUUCUCUUCGACAUCGCGCGGGUGAGAACCCUAUGGCUUCGGUCGAUCAGCGCAUACAACGAUGUCAUCGCCCUUGUCACGAGCAUUGCACUGGGUUUCAAGGUCGCUCUUGUCAUUCUGGAAGCUGUCGAAAAACGCCGGAUUCUGCGCACCGAGUACGCCGGAUAUCCGCCCGAAGCGACCGCGGGAUUAUACAACCGAUGUUUGUUCUGGUGGAUGAACCCGAUUUUCAAGCUGGGAUUCAGCACGGCUCUUUCCAUUGAAGACCUUUUUGUUCUAGACAAUGAGCUCAGCUCUGAAAAGCUUCUUGCGGCAUUCGAAGAGCGAUGGUCGCAAGUGAAAGCCAAAUCUCCAAACGCUUUGCUGUUUGAAUGUUUCAAGGCAGCGAAGAGGCCACUUCUAGCCGCCCUUCCAGCUCGCGCUUGUGUCGUAGCUUUCAACGUCACGCAGCCAUUGCUUCUUACAAGAUCCCUGAACUUUUUCAAUGAGCCGGUGAACAGCGCCACCACCAAUGUCGGCUAUGGGUUGAUCGGUGCUUACGCCCUGGUUUACCUGGGCUUGGCGGUCUCUAUGGGGCAAUACCAGCACAUGACAUACCGUGGUAUCACCAAGACUCGAGGGAUUCUUGUCACUAUGCUCUAUAAGAAAGCCACUUGUCUGGCUAUGAGCAAUGCCGACCCUGCCAACUCACUGACCCUGAUGAGUGCCGAUGUGGAGCGAAUCACCCAGGGCUGGCAGACAAUGAACGAAAUCUGGGCCAACUCCGUGGAAAUUGCAUUGGCAAUUUACCUCCUGGAGCGCCAGCUUGGAAUUUCAUGCGUGGUGCCAGUUUGCGUCGCAUUAUUUGCCCUGGUUGGCUCUCUGGUGGGGAUGUCUUUCGUUGUCGGUCGACAAGCCAAGUGGCUCGAAGCUAUUGAGCGCCGAAUCUCAGCUACCUCGGGCAUGCUCGGCUCCAUCAAGGGAGUCAAGAUGCUGGGACUGCAGAACUCUUUCAUGAAAUUUAUUCAUGGGUUGCGAAUUGACGAGUUGAACAUCUCCAAGAAGUUUCGUACCCUCUUGGUCUGGAAUAUGGCAUUCGCUUGGUUGACACGAAUCUUUGCACCCAUCUUCACUUUUGGUGUAUAUGUGGCCAUCUCAGACAAUACCUUGACAGCUGCCCGCGUUUUCACUUCUCUCUCCCUCUUCUCCCUGCUCUCCGAUCCCUUGUUGACUUUGGUCAUGGCACUGAUGUCGUUCGCCGGGUCAGUUGGCUCAUUCGCCCGCAUUCAGGAGUUCUUGGAGAAGGAUGACCACAGCGACACCCGCCGCCACCUCCCACCUAUGCCUUCGGUCGAAGAUCUUAGCGAGAAAAAGCUGCUUUCCAAGUCUGAUAUCCCCAAAGCUGGCGAACUCGAUGUGAUGUCCAGUAGCUCCAGCUCAGUUGAGUCCUUCCGACGCUUUUCCACCUCUACCUUGGCAAAUGCUAUCAUGAUUCAGAAUGGAACAUUCAGCUGGGAGGAUGGUAAGGAACCAGUCUUGAGGGACAUCACUUUGACUGUUCCCCGUGGUAGCUUUACUAUGCUCAUUGGUCCUUCUGGCUGUGGGAAAUCCUCUUUGCUUAAAGCUAUUCUGGGAGAGAUCCCUCCUUCGGAUGGCAAAGUUGAGCUGCCGUCUGCCAGUGUUGCAUUUUGCGAUCAAACGGCAUGGCACAUGAACGGCACUAUCAAGGACAGUAUCGUGGCCAUGUCGGACUACGACCCGCGGUGGUACGCAACGGUCGUUCAGGCUUGUGCCCUCGAGGAGGAUCUUGGACAAUUCCCGCGUGGCGACCGCAGUAUCAUCGGAAGCAAAGGUGUCGCUCUCAGUGGAGGCCAGAGCCAGCGCAUUGCCCUCGCCCGUGCUGUAUAUGCUCGCAGAAAAGUUAUUAUUCUUGACGACGCCCUGAGCGGACUUGAUGCUACCACCGAGAACCACAUUUUCCACAGCCUGUUCGGUCAUAUGGGUCUUCUCCGACAGGUUGGCACUUCCGUUAUUGUCGCCUCUUCCUCAGUGAAACGUCUCCCCUUCUGUGACCACAUCGUGGUUCUGAGCAAUGACGGUCGCAUCGUUGAGCAGGGCGGCUUUAGCGCCUUGAACAAAACCGGCGGCUACGUCUCGAGCUUUGGUCUUGGUGCUCCUGAUUGGGAUUAUAAGCCAAAGCGGUUCUCCGAUUCUCCUAGCUAUAGCACUCUAGACUCCAUCGAGAAAGAGAAAGAGUUUAUUGACCCUGAGCCUGUGAAGCGGGAUACUGGUGGGGAUCUCUCCAUCUACACGUACUAUGUGAACGCUAUCGGCUGGUUCCCUGCUCUGGUCUUCAUUGUCGCUAUGGCGGGAUUCACCUUCUGCAUUUCCUUCCCCAGCAUUUGGUUGAAGUGGUGGGCCGCUUCAGAUACUGCUCACCCCAAGGCACGCAUCGGCCAUUACCUCGGUAUCUAUGUGAUGCUUGGUUGUGUCGCUAUGAUCACUUUGAUCGUCGGCUGCUGGCAAAUGAUCAUUACCAUGGUCCCCAAGUCGGGAGAGAGCUUCCACCGCAGGCUUUUGAAGACUGUCUUGAGUGCCCCCAUGGUUUUCUUUGCUGGUACGGACAGUGGCAAUAUCCUCAACCGAUUCAGUCAGGACCUGCAGCUCAUUGACAUGGAACUCCCGAUUGCUGCUAUUAACACCGUUGCCACUCUCUUCCUUUGCAUGGCCCAGAUGGCUUUGAUCGGAGUGGGUUCUAAAUACGCCGCCAUUUCCUUCCCCAUUGUGCUGGGUCUUCUCUUCCUGAUCCAGAAGCUUUACCUCCGCACUUCCCGCCAACUCCGUUACCUUGACCUUGAAGCCAAGGCUCCUUUGUUUUCCCACUUUACCGAUUGCCUCCAGGGCCUGGUUACCUUGAGAGCGUUUGGCUGGCAACAUGGUAUGGAGAAGAAGAACAUUGAGCUGCUCGAUCUUUCACAACGACCCUUUUACUACAUGUUCGCUAUCCAGAGAUGGCUCACGCUCUCUUUGGAUCUGGUCGUCGCAGGAAUUGCCAUUCUUUUGAUCGUCCUUGUAGUUGUUCUUCGAGGGAGUGGAGUCAACGCUGGCUCUAUGGGAGUCGCCCUUCUCAACGUCAUUCAGUUCAGCCAAGGCAUCAAGCUUCUUGUUACUUUCUGGACCAACCUUGAAACCCACAUUGGAUCAAUUCUCCGUGUGAAGGAGUUCACUACCACGGUUGAGUGCGAAGACAAGCCUGGAGAGGAUGGUGAAAUCCCUCCCAACUGGCCAUCGGAUGGAGCAGUCAGCUUCCAUUCGGUCUCAGCAGCUUACAGACCAUCUGAGCCUGUAUUGAAAGAUGUCUCGCUGUCGGUGAAGUCCGGAGAGAAGCUUGGCAUUUGCGGACGCACAGGAAGCGGCAAAACUUCCAUGGUCAUGAGCAUUUUCCGAAUGAUGGACUUGACUUCUGGCAUAAUCACCGUGGACGGUGUAGACAUCGCCAGCCUACCCCGACGUGAGAUUCGCGCCCGCAUCAAUGGCGUCUCGCAGGACUCCCUCCUGUUCAAAGGCACCGUGCGACUCAACGCAGACCCACUGGGCGUCUGCAAAGAUCACGACAUCCUGAACGCACUCAAGGCCGUGCAGAUCUUGCCUGCAAUCCAAGAAAAGGGGGAUUUGAACACCGACAUUGACGACAUCCACCUCUCGCACGGCCAGAAACAGCUCUUCUGUCUCGCCCGCGCCCUCCUCCGUCCGGGCAACAUCCUCAUCCUCGACGAGGCAACCAGCAAUGUCGAUACCAAAACAGACGAAAUUAUGCAACGCGUCAUCCGCGAGAAGUUCUGUAACCAUACGAUCAUAUCGGUUGCACAUAAGCUCGACACUAUUCUGGAUUACGACCGCGUCCUCGUUCUGGAUGCAGGCAAGGUCGUUGAGUCAGGCGAGCCGUACGCCUUGCUCAUGGAUCCGAAGUCCAACUUCAGCAAACUCUACGUGAACUCGAUUGCGUCAGAGGAGAACUGA